UCUUUCAGGAAAAGUUUAUUUUUAUUGUAUUCUUCUCUUAUAGAUGGUUACCAAAUAUAUUUAUUGGAAGUACAGAGUAGUUUCUCACCAGAUGCAAGGGUACACACGUUAUUUGCACGUGGUCAACCGCCACACAAUCGCCUCUUUAAAGUUACAUCAGCUUCGACGUCUGUCAAACACCACGACAUCGAGCAAGCUCACUACCAGGUGCAAACAGAGAAACCACUGAAGGCAUUUAGGAAGAGGAAGGCAUCCUUGGUGAUAUUCGACAAGGAUGGAACGAUGAUAUGUUUUCAUGCAAUGUGGGGGCCAUGGGCAAGAAUUGUGGCUAAAAAAAUUGAAGAAGGCUCUGGCCUGAAAAUAGCAGACAAAGUGUAUGAAGUGUUUGGCUACUGUAACCAGAAGAACAUCGUAGAGCCAGGAGUGCUGGCGGAGGGCACGUCAGCCAUGGUGAAACAAAGACUUCAGAACUUACUGGUGUCUGAAGGGAUAAACAAGGAGAGGGCAGUCCAAAUUGUCAAGGACAGCUACGUUGAGGCUGACCACACGAGUAAAGAGUCAUUACGACCUCUCGAUGACUUGCAUACCCUCUUUAGGGUGCUCAAAGAGCACGAUAUGAAGAUUGCCAUAUGCACAUCAGACUCGAGGUACGGGACGCUUCAGUCAUUGGAAAGUUUGGGACUCUUAUCGCAGAUAGACAGACUGGUUUGCGGGGAUGAUAUAGAUAAUAUCCCCAAACCAGCUCAGUAUAAUGCUAACAUGAUCUGCAGUGAGUUGAAUGUGGACCCCUCGGAGGCGAUCAUGGUUGGAGAUUCUCUGGCUGAUGUUGGCAUGGGACGGCUGGCUAACCUGGGUGGAAGUAUAGGGGUCAGCACAGGUGUGACCCCUAGGGAGGAGCUGGAGCCCCACGCUGAUGUGGUGGUGGACCGCCUGAUGGACAUUGUCCCCCUCAUUUUACCAGCUGAGGUCCACAAAAACUACUCCCUGGUGGCUGAAGAUGGACAGGUGCGCUAUCCACCUCAGACUGGAGCUGACCAGAGAGGAGCGGUCAAGCCCAGGCGGUCAGUGGCUAUCAGACCUGGUAAGAAGGCCUCGCUGGUCAUCUUUGAUAAAGAUGGCUCCCUGGUGUACUUCAAUAGUUACUGGCCAGAGUGGAUCAAGAAACUGAAACAGAGAUAA